AUGGCUGCAGCACACAAAUGGAAUUCAGUAAAAUGCGCGCCGGGCGAUACCUCUGGCCUUUGUGCCAACCAGCAACCUCAAUUGCUGGGAGUCACAUCUGCUCUCCUCGCUCUCUCCACCAUGGUGGUCGUCCUGCGGCUGGUCUCAAGAGGACUCUCAGCUAUGAGCUAUUGGUUUGAUGAUGCCGCGAUCGUUGUUGCUCUGAUCAUUUCAUGGGGCGAUGCCAUAUGCAUAUACGUCCUUGUCAAGGCUACUGGGGUGGGACGGCACAUCGAGGCGGUCCCCAAUCAUUCCCUUACGCAGUACAAGUCGAACUGGAGCUAUGAAAUACUCUUCCCGUUCACCAUUGUCUCAAUCAAGAUGUCUAUCCUCCUCUUCUACAAUCGUCUCUUUGGUGUCCGAAACGCCUUUCGAUACUCAGUCUUCGCAUUAAUGGCCGCCACCUGGGCGUGGGGUAUCGCCGUCUUCUUCGCCACCUUGUUCCAAUGCAAACCCAUUGCAGGCAAUUGGGACAAGACCAUUCCAGGGUCCCAUUGUCUUCUUGAUCACAUACUCCUGAAGCUCAGUAUACCAAAUGCCGUACUGGACUGGUUCGUCCUAUUUCUCCCCAUUGUGGUGGUAUGGAACCUUCAGAUAUCAAUAGACCGAAAGGUCGCUCUGAGCGCCAUCUUCCUAGUCGGUGCAUUUGCCUGCGCCGCAUCCAUCCUCCGCUGCUGGGCCAUUGCCAAUAUCGACCACGCCGACCCGACCUGGUCCUACACCCGCUACAUGCUCUGGACGCAAGUCGAACUCAGCGUCGGCAUAAUCUGCGCCUGCCUCCCCACCUUACAACCCGUCCUCAACGCCACCCUAGGUCCCUGCUUCGGCCGCGUCUUCGCAACCUUCCACUCUACCAAGAAAGCAUCCGCUGCAACCGACGGCUCCGGCCCUUCGUCAUCAUCGAAAUGGCACGCGUCAUCAUCGAACAAAGGCAGUCGGAACCAGAUGAGCGGUCGCGGGAACAGUACCGUGGCCAGUAACAACGGGGACUGGAAUCGCCUCGCGGACGGAACGACCGGGCUGGCGCCGACGAAUAAUACCGUUACGAGCGCCUGGACGGUUGACGAGGGUGACGAGCAGAGCGAUGAUGCGAUUCCGUUGAAGGGCAUCAGGGUGCAGCAAGAUCUGGAGCAGAAUAUGCAACGGGGGUUGCGGCCGGGCAUGGCUCUUUAG